AUGAAUAGAAUCCUGGGAACUUCUUAUGGCAGAGCUUUGAUUAUCCAGCUGCAACUUGAUGGAUUCCCAGAGAUCAUUACCAAAGAAGGCUCAACCAUUCGAUACCACCUUGCUCCUUGGAACGGUGUGCAGUUCAGCGGCAUAACUUGUUUAAAACCGAAUGGUAUAUACACAUUUAGAUUCGUGUUGAACAAAAGGGAGAUAUAUUACAGCUCCAAGCUUCUUAAUAGCUCAAUUCCUUCAAGGAUUGUGUUUACUGAUAAUGAACUUUGGCACCUUGUUUGGAUUGACAGAAAACAAAGUUGGGAAGCUUAUGCAGUGGUACAAAUGGAUAACUGUGACAAUUAUGUACUUUGUGGUCCAUAUGGUAUCUUCACCUUUACUUACUACCCUGUAUGCAGUUGUUUGAAAGGAUUUCAGCCAAAAUCUCCAAACCCAUGGGUUAGAAAACUUUGGUCAAGUGGAUGUGUUGGAAACACUCCAUUAAUCUGUUCUAAUGAUGGAUUUCUAAAGUACUCCAAGGUGAAAUUACCGGAUUCUCGACGAUCCUGGUUUAGUUACAGUUUGAACCUUGAAGAGUGCAAGUACAUGUACAAAAACAACUGCUCUUGUAAUGCUUAUGAUUCAGAGGCAAGGUAA